AAAAAAAAAAAAAAUCCAAUCAGAGAAGUGGCAGAGGCACCAACACCAACACGCGCCGCCGAUACACAUAGGAUUCCACCGGAGCGGAGCAAGUGAGGGGAGGUAGACGAAGGAGGAGGAGGCAUGGUGAUGUGGGUGUUCGGCUACGGCUCCCUGGUGUGGAACCCCGGGUUCGCCUACGACGCCCGCCUCGUCGGCUUCGUCAGGGACUACCGCCGCGUCUUCUACCAGGGGAGCACGGACCACAGGGGCACGCCGGAGUUCCCCGGGAGGACCGUCACGCUGGAACACCAGCCCGGGUCCACAUGCUGGGGAGUUGCUUACAAAAUUUCAAGGGAGCAAGAUAAGCAGACAGCCCUGGAGUACCUGGAAGUAAGAGAGAAGCAAUAUGAUGAGAAGGUUUACCUUGACUUGUAUACAGACUCUUCCCUCAAAAUACCAGCAGUCCAAGAUAUGAUGGUAUAUUUAGCCACCACAAAUAAGGAGGCCAACCAAAACUAUCUUGGUCCUGCUCCGCUGGAAGAAAUGGCCAAGCAAAUCUACCUAGCCAAAGGCCCAACUGGACCUAAUACAGAGUAUCUGUUCAAACUUGAGGACGCAUUAAACAAAAUAGGUGUUGUGGAUCAGCAUGUUCAGGAUUUGGCGAAUGCUGUGCGCACUUAUGCAGACACCGUGUAAUAAUGUCGUUAUAGGAUCACAUGAAGGUGGAAUUGAUUGUUGCGGAAGCAUCUUUAUUCUUGUAAGAUCUGAAUAGCUUGUGAGUUGUGAAUAUAUCAUGCCCCUCUAUAGAUGACAAUAUAAAAAUUACAUAAAGUGAGAUGGUAAUGA